AUGGCGAUUCGUGCUCCAGGAUGGCACGCCGCCGAACUGGGAACAGCAGGUUACGAGAUUGAAGUUGACCGUCCGGCAGCAUCAGCGGCGGAAGAGCGCGGGCGCGGGCGGUACAGAGUGCCUGGCAGCGCCUCCGUCUUGGUGCCCUGGCCUAGUACGCCUUUGCGAUCGCGCGAACAGGCGCGCGUGCGUGUCCGAGCCUUUAGCAACAUGAAACUUGAACCCACGGGUUGGUCCCCCUGGACGUUGGUCGAAUGUGCACUGCUGGAGCGUGGGGACUGGAGUGCUCGACCCAUUACCAGCGCUCGCCCGCUCGAUUCGGAUGUCGCUGGCCCCUUGAGGCCCAUACGGUUUAGACGCACAUUUACCGUAUCACCUGACGUCGCCGUGGCGGCACGGUCUCGGCUAUACAUCACGAGUCUGGGCGUAUAUAAGGCAUUUGUCAACGGCAGGCCCGUCGGCGAUCAUUGUAUGGCACCCGGUUGGACUAGCUACCACCACCGCCUGAACUAUCAAGUCUUCGAUAUCGCUCCCUUACUGAACCCAAGCGGAGACAAUGUCAUCGCGGUCGAGGUCGGCGAGGGCUGGUAUGCCACCCGGCUGGGCUUCAGCGGAGGUCGAAGGCAUAUCUAUGGCAACGAGCUGGGCUUACUGGUCCAACUGGAGAUCGGCGGCCCUGACACAGAGCGACUCGUGUUGGUCUCGGACAAGUCGUGGUCCUGUAAUGCCAGUGCCAUCACCCGCAGCGAGAUCUAUGACGGGGAGGUCUACGACGCACGAGAAGAAUGCCCGGGGUGGAAGGAAGCGCCGGAACAAAACCACCAGACAUGGCACGCCGUCCGCGAGUUGCCAAUGCCUCAAGCGGAGCUGGUCGCUCCGGAUGCGCCGCCGGUGCGGGUCACCGAGGUGAUCAAGCCCGUCGCCUUGAUCAUCACGCCCACAGGCAAGACCGUGAUCGACUUUGGCCAGAAUCUGGUCGGCCGAUUACUGGUCCGGUCUCUUCACAAACCCCGUGGACACGAGGUAACUUUCACACACGCCGAAGUCCUGGAGAAUGGAGAGUUGGGGAUUCGUCCUCUUCGCCAUGCACGAUGCGCUGACACGAUCGUCUCAUCGGGCGAGCCACUGCAGAAUUGGUCUCCUCAGUUUACCUUCCACGGCUUCCGCUAUGUUCAGGUGGACGGCUGGUCGCCAGAAGACUCGGACGGCCCGUUGCUUCUCGACACCAGCCUAUGCGCCUUGGUUCUUCAAACGGACUUGGUCCGGACGGGCUACUUCUCGUGCUCGCAUGCCAAGGUCAAUCAACUGCAUGAGAAUGCCUGGCGGAGCAUGCGAGGGAACUUCCUCUCUAUCCCGACGGACUGCCCUCAACGAGAUGAACGACUGGGAUGGACGGGUGAUCUCCAGGUCUUCGCGCCCUCGGCCAACUUCCUGUACAAUACCGCUGGGAUGCUCAGUGAUUGGCUGAAGGACCUGGCCGUGGAGCAGUUGAAGGACGUGGCUGACGGUGUCCCCCCUUUUGCAGUGCCUAACGUUCUCCAUGGUAUCUUCCCUGUAGUGCCCCAGGCCGUCUGGGACGACGCGACUAUCUUGAUACCCUGGGCCUUGUAUCGCUCGUACGGUGACGUGGGCAUCUUGCGACAGCAAUACCCGAGUAUGGUGGCCUGGCUCGACCGGGGGGUCCGUCGGGGCCCCGAUCGGCUAUGGGACUCACAACUUUGGCAACUGGGCGACUGGCUCGACCCCACCGCACCGCCAGACCAGCCGGGGGCUUCUCGCACGAGCGGCAGCUUGGUCGCCGACAUGUACCUCGUCCACGUCACGUCAGUCCUGGCCAAGAUCAGUGAUAUCGUGGGGGAGGUCAAGGACGCCAGGCGAUAUGCCGCCGACUCCCAGCAACUGAUGUCCACGUUCCGAGCCAAAUACAUUGCCCCAUCGGGACUCUUGGUUGGCGACACCCAGACAGCUCUCAGUCUGGCCCUCGUGUUUGACCUGCAUGAGACGCGCGAACAGGCGUCGCGCGCGGCCGAGCGAUUGGCCGAGUUGGUGCAAUUCGCCCGAUUCCGCGUGAGCACCGGCUUCGCGGGGACACCGGUGAUCACGCAUGCACUGACCAAGAGCGGAUACCACCAGAUGGCUUACCGAAUGCUGCUGGAGAAGAACCGACCUUCGUGGAUGUAUCCAAUCAGCAUGGGGGCCACCACAGUCUGGGAGCGGUGGGAUAGCAUGCUGCCCGACGGGUCGAUCAACCCGGGCGAGAUGACCAGCUUCAACCAUUACGCUCUGGGAUCCGUGAUCAACUGGCUUCACGAGUGCGUCGCCGGCGUCAGUCCGCUCGAGCCUGGGUGGAAGACCUUCCGCGCCGCCCCAAUCCCGGGCGGGACGAUUGACCACGCCGAAGCAAGCUAUGAGACGCCCUAUGGCCGAGUCGAAUGCCAUUGGUCCAUCCGGGAUGGCGAUCACUUUGAGCUCAGCCUGCUGGUCCCUGCCAACAGCCGCGCGCUGGUCAUCAUGCCCCACGAGCGGACACAGGAUCCUGAUGUCUCUGGGAAGUGGGUUGGAUCGGGACGACAUCGAUUCCAGAGUCGGUGGGAUCACCUUGCGCAGUGGUCCCCGAAGCCGCUGGGCCUUCAGAAACACCUGGAGGAAGCUUCAAAUUCCUGGGAGGGCUACUUUUGA